UGUUCACAAGUUCCUAUCCUCUAAACAAUUCAAGAACAUUCAUCAGUUUGAAUAUGGGCAAGGAAAUAGCCACCGAGAUCCUCCCUUACAUCCGCGUUUACAAAGACGGCUCCGUCGAACGGUUGGCGGAUUCUCCCAUCGUUCCGCCUUGUGCCGAUGACCCUGAAACCGGCGUUUCAUCAAAAGACAUCGUCAUCUCACAAGACCCACCAAUCUCAGCUCGGAUCUAUAUUCCAAAACAGGUACGUCAACACUACCGACACCCGAAAGUUCCAAUUUUAGUUUACUUCCACGGCGGAGCCUUCUGCUCCGAGUCGGCUUUCUCUUUCGUCGAAACCAAGUUCAUGAACCGCUUGGCUUCUUUAGCCAACGUCGUUAUUGUAUCGAUCGAGUACAGGCUGGCCCCCGAACACCCUCUCCCCAUUUGUUAUCACGAUUGCUGGGCCGGUCUUCAAUGGGUUAUUUCUCAUUCCGACGAGGAGCACUGGGUUUCUACUUACGCCGAUUUCGACCGCGUUUACAUCGGCGGCGACAGCGCCGGUGCCAACAUCGCUCACAGCGUACUGAUUCGAGCUGGAUCGAAGGGCUUUAGGAACGGUGUUAAAAUCAAAGGAGCUUUUCUAACACACCCUUACUUCUGGGGUUCCGAACCGAUAGGGUACGAGUCGAAGUAUGUUGAAAAUCGAGAGGAGGUGGUAAUGUCCACCGUGUGGCACCUGGUGUAUCCGGAGGCGGCCGGGGGUGUCGAUAAUCCGAUGUUGAAUCCGGUGGCCCCCGGAGCUCCGAACUUGGCCGGAAUGGGAUGUUCGAGGCUGCUCGUUAGUGUUGCUGAGAAGGAUUGGGUGAGGGAUAGAGGGAUUUUGUAUCAUAAUGCAGUGAAGGAAAGUGGGUGGCAAGGGGAAUCGGAGUUGGUUGACGUUGAAGGUGAAGAUCAUUCGUUUCAUAUUCUGCUUCAUAAGUCCGAGAAUGCUAAGAAAUUCAUCAAACGCUUGGCUUCUUUCCUCGUUCCAUGUGAGGAAGAUGAAAAGAACUCAAUUCAAGUACGCUCUUGUGCCUCUAGAAUAUAAUUCACCAUAUAGCUUUUACUAUAGUUUUAAGUUCGAUAGAGUAAAUCUACGCUUUUUGUUUUCCCUAUCGUUUGAG